AUGUCAUCACAAGAACAAACACCACUCGGCCAAAUCACCAUGGAUCCGACUCCCACCAUGGAUCCCUCUUGGGCGCCUGCGCCUGCGGACUCUCAGAUCAAGUUCGAGGACUCUCCCGCCGAGUCCGUUCUCUCAACACCGGAUGAGAUGUACCCAUCUCUGUUUGGCACCAGCGCCGCGACUCCAGCCCCCGCUGCCCCGGCGCCGGCUCCAGUCAACCCUCUCGAGAUGCUGCCAAAACCGCUGAUCGACGACCCGGAUGACGGGCUCGCCGUACUCGCCGGCUUGACAGCACUCACUCAGGCGACGCUGGCUCAGCCCCUGAUCAACCCCACACCGCCCCCAGUGUCCAAGCCUGAUGAGAACAAGCCCGUUAAGAAGAGGAAAUCAUGGGGCCAGGUGCUUCCCGUCCCCAAGACCAACCUCCCUCCCAGGAAACGCGCCAAGACUGAGGACGAGAAGGAGCAGCGCCGGGUCGAGCGUGUCCUGCGCAACCGUCGCGCUGCUCAGUCGUCGCGCGAGAGGAAACGCAUGGAGGUUGAGAUGCUCGAGAGGAGGAACAAGGAUCUUGAGGCGGCGCUCAGGCAAGCUCACCAGAUCAACCUGGCCAUCCUGGAGGAGAUCCAGAAGAUGCGCAAGAACGGCGGCCUUAAGUCUUCCGGGAGCAGGACGGCGUUCGAUGCCCUCCGUAAGACAAGCCUCAACUUCUCCAAUGAAAUCUUCAGCGCUCUGGGUGCCAAUCCUGCCAUCCCUGGGGCCAGCUCUCUGGAGCAGCUCCUGAAGACCUUCCCUAACCCCACAAACAACACCGUGAACCCGGCUUCUCUCUCCCCAUCGCUCAGCCCUAUCCCUGAGACGUCCGAAGAGCACAAGGAGCCUGCGGUUGCGGCUGCGGCUACGGCUGCGACGACCACGCCGGCGACAACAGCCCCCACAACGGCUGCUGCCACGCCGGCGCCAGCGCCGAGCCCAGCGCCGCUCACGACAACUCCCGCGCCAGUCACCGCAACGACCUCUGUGGUGCCCGCGGCUGCUGCGACCGUGGCGGCCCCGGCCAAGGCUGCCGUCUCCCCCGACUCGACACAACAUCCUGCAGCGAUGUUGUGUGACGACCUGCAGUGUCAGUUGGCGGAGGCGCCGGCUUCGGCCUGGCUCAAGCUCUCUCAGCAGUCGCUGGCCCCAGUGCUGGCCCUUCUACUCCCGCUCCAGCUCCUGCUGGCCUGCACAUCGACGCUUCUUUCGGUGUGCCAGAGGCCCUUGAUGCAGAUCGCUAUGUCCUUGAAAGCGGGCUUCUCUCUUCCCCCAACUCGACCGAUUUUGAAUACGAUCAUCUGGCUGGUGACGACACCUCAUCGUUCCCGUUCCCUACAACCAACUUCGACUUCGACUUCAACGACUUCAUCACUACCGACGGCGAGCAGCAACCUGUCGCCCCCAGUGGCGAGCAGCAGCAGCAGCUCCCCCAGCAGCACCUCCGCGGCCGUUCCGUCGCAGACUCGUCGUCCCUCCUCAACCUUGAGACUCCGAACCCUUCGGAAGAUCCUUACCUGCAGCCCCAUCCUGGCGCGUCCCUUGAUGGAUGCGACGAUGGAGGUAUUGCGGUUGGUGUCCUCUGAGGGCGUCUCGGCUGGCCAGGUUUCCGGAGGCGACGACGCGUCAGCGCCGGCUGCGGUUGGCGGGGAUCCGCAGCGGGAUAUGCUGUUGAAGCGUCGUGAGGCGAUCGGCUGGCUCCCUGGAGCCGCGCUGCCGUCGAAGGAGGCCCUACUUACUCUCUUGUGGGUCCUGAAAGUCGAAAUGCGGAGGUUGCAGAUUCUCGACCAAAUUACAGCCUCCUCGAAGAAACCUGGAAUGUCGGGUGUCUCUCAGAGCCAAUUACAUGCUACAACAACGGCACCAACUACGAUGAUUAAUAAUACUAUCAACAACGGCAAGACGCCGAGAUAUGUCUUGAAAGUGAUACCUAAGAGACUGCGUGAGGAAGAUGGGAACCGCGUCUCGGGGGUCAGCUCUUCGGCUGGCGCGAAGAGACGACGCUUGCAAUGA